GUGGGGCGCUGCCCUCUUCCUCACCACCUCCCUUUCCCUGUGGUUUGUGGUAUCGCAAGAGGGACAGAAGGAGUCCUCCUGGGUCCAGGCUCUGCCAGGCUGCCGGGAGCGCGAAUGCCCGCAAGCGUGCGCCCGUGGGAGGCGACUGCGCUCUUCCCUCAGGGGCCCAGCGCUGUGGUGAGGAUCCUCACGGUCAGCCUGGCCUCUCACUGGCCGUGGACCAGGACUCCAGGCCGCGCAACAUAGCCCCGAGGCGCCUCGUCAAUGCUCGCGCUCCACCUCACCCCCUCAGCUUCCUUCCUCCAUUCUGCACUCCGGAGAGCAAGCGCGGGCUGGAUCCGAACCUGGGCAAUCCUCUUGCCUUUUAACUUAGUGGUACCUGGCCCGCUGCCCGCGCGCUAUUUGUGAGGUGUGACCCGGCGAAGGAAGCGCUUGUUGGGCGUGGGGCUCCGCGGCGGUGACGAAGAGGGCGCGCGGGAUAAUGAGCUGGGCAGCUACAAGCUGCAACCGCUUUUAGCUUGCUGAGCGGGUCCAUCUGCAAGCAUGGCCAUGCUCGAACCAGGUGUCCCAAUGCUUUAAGGCCGGAGCACCCAGAUCACGGCGCACUGCGGCUGGGGCUGUUGGGACGUUCCUUUAUUAAUUUAUUUGUGGAGAGCUAUCUCUGAGCAUCCGCGGUGGCCAGCACCAGGAGCAUUGAGCUGGAGCAAUUUGGAAGAACGGGACAGAAGGCCACGGCCAGGGUCGCGGAGAGGUGCUCCCAGCUCCUCCGGGGCCAGCAGCAUCUCUAGCCCCAAGGGCAAUGGGCUCUUCCUCAGCCUGGUGCACAUUGCUCACUGCAACUUCUACUGCACCUCGGAUUUGCAGGACUUAAACUCAGAGAAGAAGGCCAAGAAGGCAUGCUUCUACCGGAAUGGGGACCGUUACUUCAGAGGCCUGGUCUUUGCCAUCUCCAAUGAUCGCUUUCAUUCCUUUGAUGUGCUCCUCAUAGAGCUGACCUGCUUCCUGUCUGACAAUGUGAACCUGCCUCAGGGCGUCCGAACAAUCUACACCAUAGAUGGCAGUCGGAAGGUCACCAGCUUGGACAAGCUGCUGGAAGGUCUGAGCACUUGGGAAGAAACAAGCAUCCACCCAUCCAAUCCUUACAGAAGGACACAUAGUAUGAUCUUUAAGUGUUUCGUCUCCCAGCCACUUUCUAUGGAAAAUCGAGGGGAUCAGGCCAUGAUAGCCACUGGCAGUUUUGAAGAGAGAGACACCUUUAGAGAAGCUUGAUCCUGGAGGCCUCAACGUGAGACCUCAAAGCUCUGUGCCAGAUUCCGGCAGAGUUCCUCUGUCUCGUCUUGCUGAUCAAAGGCUCCCACUUCUCCGAUUUUUCUCCAUCUUUUGGGAGGUAGAAGGAGACCAGAAUCAUGGUUGGUUUCAAGGCCACAGACGUGCCCCCGACAGCCACCGUAAAGUUCCUGGGAGCUGGUACAGCUGCCUGCAUUGCAGAUCUCAUCACGUUUCCUCUAGACACCGCCAAAGUGCGGCUGCAGAUCCAAGGAGAAAAUCAAGGCCUAGUGCACACUGCAGCCAACGCCCAGUACCGUGGCGUGCUGGGCACCAUCCUAACCAUGGUGCGCACCGAGGGUCCACGCAGCCUCUACAAUGGGCUGGUCGCCGGCCUGCAACGCCAGAUGAGCUUUGCUUCGGUCCGCAUUGGCCUCUAUGACUCUGUAAAGCAGUUCUACACCAAGGGCUCAGAACAUGCAGGCAUUGGGAGCCGCCUCCUGGCAGGUAGCACCACAGGUGCCCUAGCUGUCGCUGUGGCCCAACCUACAGAUGUGGUAAAGGUCCGUUUCCAGGCUCAGGCCCGGGCUGGCAGUGGUCGGAGAUACCAGAGCACCGUCGAAGCCUACAAGACCAUUGCACGAGAGGAGGGCAUCCGGGGCCUCUGGAAAGGGACCUCUCCCAAUGUUGCCCGUAAUGCCAUUGUCAACUGUGCUGAGCUAGUGACCUAUGACCUCAUCAAGGAUACUCUCCUGAAGGCCAACUUCAUGACAGAUGACCUCCCUUGCCACUUCACUUCCGCCUUCGGGGCGGGCUUCUGCACCACGGUCAUCGCCUCCCCCGUCGAUGUGGUCAAGACAAGAUAUAUGAACUCUGCCUUGGGCCAGUACUGCAGCGCAGGUCACUGUGCCCUUACCAUGCUCCAGAAGGAGGGACCCCGAGCCUUCUACAAGGGGUUCAUGCCUUCCUUCCUCCGCUUGGGGUCCUGGAAUGUAGUGAUGUUUGUCACCUAUGAGCAGCUCAAAAGGGCUCUGAUGGCUGCCUACGGAUCCUGAGAGGCACCCUUUUGAGCAUCUUCCACUGAUGCUGGACCCUGCUUACCUCCCUGCCCUGCCUUUUUCUCCAUCCUCUGCCCAGCCCCACACCUUUCCAGUCCCUCAUUUCCCUCACCCCUACUCCCUUCCCACCUCAUCUCCCCUCAUCGGCGGUGAGUGCCGAUGGCCCCACAGUGAGAAGGCCUGGCACCAGUCAAGACCUUGAGCCCUUACUCAUUUUUAACUGUUAAACCCAAAUCUUUGUCUUCAUUCCCAGCCCAGCUCAGCCAGCCUCCGCCCAUAAAGCAAGCUCAACGUU